AUGCGCUCCCGCUACACGUGCCAGAAAUGCCUGGCCUCAAUUCAGCGCGGCCUGCGCCCGCAUCGGCCCUCUUCCGUCCCGCAAUUGCAGGCCGGCGCCCGGCGAUGGAAUAGCACUCGCGCUUCAGUGCUGCCACAACAGCCCACCACCGCAAGGCGCGCACUGGGAACUCAGAGCCAGGCCGCCAACAAUGAAGCCCACCGCAUGCCGCCUUCGCCUCCGGGCCUUGAGAACGCCACUACCACCGCCAGCCAAGCUCGUAGCGUGCUGCUGAAACCGAACAACCUUUUCCAUUCCUUCUCCAGUUCGCCCUCGCCCGAGAUCCGCCGUCGCGCCGCAUUCAUGAAGCAGCAUGCCUACUGCCCGCACCACAGCCAUCGCCAGACCCGUAUUGCGAAUGAUCCCGAAGACCCUGAGGCGCAGAAGGCCGUCCACGGCACCCUCCCGCCGGCCCAUGUGCGAUAUGAGUGCCCAGACUGUGGCAUUCCUGUGAGCUGCAGUGAGGAACAUUUUGCGGAUGACUAUGAACGUCACUUGGAGAUUUGUGACAUUCUGCGGGAGAUCAACGAGGACGACCAUGAUCUACGGUCUGGCCGCUUCUUUCCGGAGUUCGAGUACCCGGGAAUGCAGAUGGAGGAAGCGCUGGUCAACUUCACCAAUUGGGAUACAUAUCUCUAUUCGCGAGAGCACCAGGCCAUUAACGACGACCGUAGUCUGCGUCAGGCCACAAGGCUCUUGACCUACCCAGUCACUAUUGGCAGCGUCCUGCACGAGCUCUCACCCUACAACGCCAAGAGCGGGGGCAGACUGACCGUCGAGGGUCUCAAGUCCUUGUCUGCGCUUCGCUACACUCUUCACCCUCCACGCUCUGGCGCUGGUGGAGACAUCAAGGGUCUCCGUCCCAACCCGCCUCCGGUUCGCGUCUUUGUCGUUGGUGCGCGGGCUGAAUCCUCUCUUCCACGUGAAGUCUGGAUCCAACUGGCACACAUGUUCCCGCGUGUUUCGUUCCAUUUGAACUUCAUUGGACCCGAGUCGAUGGCGAACCGCGAUGACGAGUUCCCUCUGCCAGACCGCACGCCUUCCAACCCAUUCGGCGCCGUCGUCGAGGACCGCAUUGCACACUCGCUCAAGAUCAGCACCUAUGUGGAGUACUACCACACCCUGCACCGCGCCGGCCACUUUUACCCUUACGACCCGUACUUUGACUGCUUCAUGCUCUUCCACCCGGGUCUGGGUCACCCUGCCAGCUCUGCAGAAUGGGAGGAGACGCUACCGAUGUUGCUCGAGACCAAGGUGCCUAUCAUCGUUUCCGGUUACACCGAGUUCGACAUGCAGCGCGAUUUGAAGUGGGUUCAGGAGAAGAUGGGUGGCGAGGUCGACAUCCUGCUCGAGCCCGGCGAGAACAGGUUCAGGAGCUUGAGAUGGGAUCUCAACGACCUCGACCCGCAGGACAUCAGCUGCGGCAACUGGGGUAUCUGGGCGUUUAGGGGCAAGCGCUACGAGACCACGACGAAGGACGAGGCAUGA